AUGGUUGUUGACCUCGAUCUUCAGGAAGCGGAACCAUCUUCGCUGACAGCUGGACAUGGACGGUCCGGCGUCGCUAAGUACGAAUUAGAAUGGCAGAACAUAAUGAAGAUCGCGAACGAGACAAACCUGUCACAUCUACGACAUCUGGCCGUACGGGGCGAUCUACGUGCAUCUCCAUUCCGUAGUGUGUGCUGGGCCGUGUUUCUUGGAGUACUGGAAACGCCUGGUUCCCAGAGUUGGCCCCAGCAACGGUCCGAUGCAAGGGCACACUAUCGCCGCCUUAAGGACCAGUUUGUGCUGAAUCCGCACCAGCAGACGACGGAUGUGCGGGACGAUCCACUGUCCCAAUCGAAGCAAAGCCUCUGGAAUCAACACUUUUGUGAUCAGGAACUAUGCGCUGUGAUAAAGCAAGACGUCGUACGCACCUUUCCCGGGGUCGACUUCUUUCGCAAACCGACGAUACAGGAACUGAUGACCAACAUUCUGUUCUGCUAUGCUCGACAAUAUCCUGCCAUGUGCUACCGGCAGGGCAUGCAUGAAAUACUGGCACCGCUCAUAUUUGUCAUCCAUAGCGACCAGCAAGCACUGGCACAUAUACAGGAACUGCAUCCGGACAUUGAUCGUAACCUGUUGGCAACUUUGGACCCACAGUAUCUCGAGGAGGAUUCCUAUGCACUCUUCUCCAAAAUAAUGUCCCAGAUUGAAUCCUUCUAUCGCAUCACGGACGUUGUGCCAACCGCUACUGGAUACUUCCCCGCGCAAACCCCGGCCAGUCCGAUGAGCUCCAGUCCUGCCGGUGCGAAACGGAAGCCAGAAGUGGAGGUGGUGGAACAGCUGAACUACAUCAAGGAUAAAAUUCUCAUCAAGGAAGAUCUCCAUCUGCACAAUCAUCUCCUCAAGCUCGACAUUCCUUUGGCCAUUUUUGGCAUCCGAUGGUUACGUUUGCUUUUUGGGCGUGAAUUUGCAUUACAAGACUUGCUGCUACUGUGGGAUGCAAUAUUCGGCGAGGGAGACGAACUUGGUCUGAUCAAUUACGUCGUCGUGGCGAUGCUGAUACGAAUAAGAGAUAAGUUAAUUUAUAGUGACUAUACAACCUGCCUUUCGUACCUGAUGCGUUAUCCCAGCAACGUAGACAUAGCGCUCGUCAUACGCCACGCGCUACACAUGAAAUCUCCCAAAGUAUACGAGCGUCCGGCCGGUGCAAUGAUCUUCCUUUCGUCACCCAAACGUCAAACGCACCAGCAGCCGCAGCCAGCCGUCGGGAUGCGUUCGAAAACGGCCGAAAUGACGCAGACGAAGUAUUCCACACUGCCAUCGGUGCAUCAGCGUCGUGGACAGAUCGCUGUCGAUGAUCAUCCGCUGCAAAGCCGGUCUGGUUCCAGUGGUGCAGGUGGGCCAGACGAAUAUCACCGCACCAACUCACUGCCAAGAAAUGGUGGAUCGAUGCGAAAGGCAACGGCAGUCGAACUACGCCAGGCCGCCUGUCUUGCUACUAAAAAAGCGAUCACGGAUUCAACCCAACCGGACGUUCGUGAUCCAACCGUAACGGAUGGCUAUCGAGAAGAUGAUCCGGAAUUACUUCGCAUUGAGCUGCAAAAUGCGUACAACAUCAUGUCUGUCGGUCGAGCGAAGCUGCUCCAGUAUCUAACCGUGCUGCGGCGCAACAUUCGACCUACCAAUCCACAAGGCGAGCUGCAGCAAUCACUCGAAGGGAUAGAGGAAAUCUGCUCACUGUUAAAACCACGUUACGAUACCGUGUUCCGCGUGCCGGCACCCAUUGAUGCCGCAACGGAAGCGAACGAAGAGCCGCAGCAGGCCCGGAAACCAUUGCUGCCUGGUGGUGCAAAAUUAGUGUCCACCGAACAACAAGCGAGCAGUGUUCAGCGUAUGCAAACGCCGCCAAACAGUUUGAACCUAACGCGAUCGUACAACUACGAUCUGGACUGCAGACGAAACAGUGCAUCACAACCGAACAUCACGCAGUACGAAAUACCGGAAGAUCGGUACAGCAAAAUAGCGACCAAAAAGUUGGCUAACCGCAAGGAGGUAGAAAUGAACGUGUUUACGAAAGAUUUCUCCGACCGUCAGCGAAGGAUCGAUGACAAAGAUUUGCCUAGUACUAAUCCGCAGGGUAACUCGGAAAGAUCGGAAUGA